UUUGGAUGUAUUUGAAAAAGGCGACUCAUGCGUGUCGAAUGUUUAUGUGGGGUACAACGCAGACGUGGCAUUGAAUCGCAAAUAACUAAUUUAUUUUUAAGGAGAUUGAGGGCAAAUUCAUCAAACUCUCUUCCUUGUUUGCUACUUCAGUUGCUACGCACACAUUCUCUUCGUUCUGCCUUCCCAUUCUCAUUUCUUCCUUUUAGUGAUUCAAUGGAAGCAGAAGUGCGCAUGAACACUCAGGAUAAAAUUUCUGGCUUUAUUUUCAUGUGCAAUAGAAUGACAAAACCAGAAUGCUAUCGAUACCGGGUUUUUGCGCUUCCUGCAGGGAGAAAGCAUGUCGUGGAGAGGAUCAAUCUCGGCACACAUCUUUUUUUGUUUGACACUGAUGUGAAGCUUCUGUAUGGCUUAUAUUCAGCAACCUCAACUGGGAUGCUAAAUAUAGAACCGUUAGCUUUUGGGGGCAGGUUCCCUGCUCAGGUGAGAUUCAAAAUCGAUAAAGAUGUCUUGCCCUUGCCCGAGGAUCACUUUAAACAUGCUAUAAAAGAUAAUUAUCAGAAACACUCUAACAAGUUUAAUCCUGAACUGAAUGUUAGACAGGUAAGAAAUCUAUUAGAAAUGUUUCGCCCAUUACAUGUAUUGUCAACUGCACGUACACAUCCUGUUUUGAACGACAUAUACUCUGCCUCGAUGCUGCCACAUCCACCAGCGAAUGGAGUUUUUAAUCAGACAUCAAGGGCAUCAUCUCAUUUUGAGGAUUCUAUUUUGUCUAGGAUGUCACCUAAUCAAGCUCCUGGGCUGUUGAACCAUAAACAUCGAAAUGGACUUGAGGAGCCUACUGGUUGGGCCGCCUAUCCUGUCAAAAAUUCGAUGCCAGUUGCUGCUCAGUCUGUGCCAUCCCAAGCUUCAGGAAAUCAGAUCCAUGCACUGGCAAAUACAUAUCCUCAAUACACACACAAGAAUAUCCUUACGGCGCAGCCUGAGUUUCAUUCAUCCUUAGUAAAUAAUGACGGUGGCUAUGCUCAGUCAAUGCAAGAUUCUCAGCAUGCACAGCUUAAUGUUUUACAUCAACAACCUGAAUUUCAUUCUUCCAUGAUGACUGUGGGUGGAAGUCAUACUCAAUCCCUGCAACAUUCUCAACAUCAACAUCUUAAUAAUGUCUUACAUCCACAGCCUGAAUAUCAUUCUUCCAUGAUGACUGUGGGUAGUAGCCAUAGUUAUGAUCAAUCGCUGCAACAUUCUCAACAUGUAAAUCUUAAUGUCUUACAUCCAACACCUGAAUUUCAUUCUUCAAUGAUGACGGGUGGCAGUUAUACUCAAUCACUGCAAGAUCCUCAACAGCUUCAUCAGAGUAUCCUAAACCCACCACCACGCGGUGUUAAUCCCCCAGCGGCGAAUGUGGGUAUCAGUCAUUCCCAAGUGCUGUGGGAUCCUCACUAUACUCACCAGAAUAACCAAAAUCCGCAACCUGACUCUUAUUCAAUCGCGGCAAAUGUGAGCAGCAAUUAUGCCCAAUCAUAUCCAGAUCCUCAACAAACAUGUCAGACAACUCAAAAUCUACAAGCUGCCUACGGUUCCAUGGUGAAUAUGAACUACGCCAAUGUUGUGGCGCAAUCACAUGCUUCAUCAUCAUUAUAUUAUCCAUAUGCUCCUCAACAAGUUACAUCUGGCGCAUAUGUUCCUCAACAAGUUAUAUCUAGCACAUAUUCUGAUCAAGGGUCUGGGCCCGUACAAGAGGUGAUACCCAGUGGCCAACAAACUGGAAUAGGAAGUGGGUACUAUCAGUGAUCUAUGCAGACAAAAUAAGAAUAUUUUGACACCAGAGAAUGUUGGCAGCCACCUGUAUUCAGAAAAUUCACAUUCUCUAUAUAUUGAAUCUUGGCCAUGCAAUUUGACGAGUUCCAUUUGCUGCCAUAUAUGUACAUAAACCUAUUGCUUAAUUACUGAUGUUUUUUUGCUAAGAAAUUUGCUGCUAGUUAGAGGAAACAUGUAUUCAGGAGAAGAUAAAAUUAAUAGUGGUCAUUUACUGUCAAUACAAAAUUGAUUUACAUUGAUA